AUGCUUCUUUUAUUUGUUUCUCUGCAUCCACAGCUGCAGUCACGGCUUCAUAAGCUGUUCCAGACUUCCAGUACUACCCCAACUUCGAGUCAUGAAGAACACCAAAGUAUUGUUGAGCCAUUCACAGCUCACUAUGUAUUUGCACUGGGCACCACGAGAUUCUUGAGCUGUGCUGAUUGGAUUCUUCAGGUGGCGGAUGAACAACUUUCGAGGUAUGUUCAAACUUCCAAUGAAAGAAAGAACGCUUCAAGGGGAAAGUUUCUUGCUUCCAUUGGAGUACAUGAGAUUUUCAGAUCAGAGACAUGGAAAGCAGCCAUGACCGAGUUGGCAGCUACUGCAUCUCUAGUAUUCACCUUGACAACUUCCAUCAUUGCAUGCUUGGACUCACAUGAAACAGACCCUAAACUCCUUGUUCCGUUUGUAGUGUUUAUCAUAGCCUUCCUAUUCCUAAUUGUGACAGUUCCCUUAUCAGGGGGCCACAUGAGCCCUGUUUUCACAAUCAUCGCUGCUCUAAAAGGUGUUGUGACUCUAACUCGCGCCCUCAUUUAUAUGUUCGCACAAUGCGUGGGCUCGAUAAUUGGUUUCUUUGUACUCAAGUGUGUGAUGGAUCCAAAAUUGGUACACACAUAUUCCUUAGGAGGCUGUACAAUUGGUGGCAAUGGGGUAAAUUCUGCAAUAACAGAGUAUGAUGCUUUGUUGUUGGAAAUUUCUUGCACAUUUCUGGUGCUGUUUUUGGGUGUAACUUUGGCAUUUGACAAGAAAAGGGCCAAGGAAUUGGGCUUGCCAAUGGUGUGCAUGGUGGUAGCCGGAGCCAUGGCGCUCGCCGUGUUUGUGUCCAUAACUGUGACCGGAAGGCCCGGUUAUGCGGGUGUGGGCCUGAACCCAGCAAGGUGCCUAGGCCCAGCACUGCUUCAGGGAGGCUCAGUGUGGAAUGGACAUUGGGUUUUUUGGGUUGGGUCUUUCUUGGCCUGCAUAAUAUACUAUGUUGUCUCUGUCAACUUGCCAAAGGAGGGUUCAGGAAUUGGGGAUGGAGAAUUUGAUGUAGUAAAGUUGCCUCAAGCUUCUUGAUGGAAUGUUUAAUUUUUAAUAAGUGAUAUUCAAACAGAAGGCUUUGCUGGGCUUGAAGUCAAUGUUUGUAAGGGAAGAGGUAAUUUAAUGAACUUACUAGUCCAAUGAAUUGAAUAUGUACUCAACUAUCUCAAACUUAUUACACAUGAGUAUAUAAUUGGGGACCAUUUCAAUCAAACUUCAUAUAUAGCAAAUGCACACACCAAUUUACAUCUGUA